AUGUUUCCAAAUCGUUCAACUCAUCGAAGCUCUAGUGAAUAUUCAACUAGAAGGUCGAGCGAAUAUUCUCUUAGUGAACAGAUUAAAGUCCAAGAUGAUGAUACAAAAAUGGCAAAAGGAACAUUAUAUAAAAUGGCCUUUGGAAGCUGCAAAAACGUGCUUGCUAUCAUUCCAUCAUUUAUCAGUGGUGGAGGUACUAUUUUAACAUUCUUCUUAUUCGGCAAAUUACUUAAUCAAUUAACAUUUUAUUCCAUGGAUCCAAAUCCAAAUGCAUACGACAAAUGUCUGAAAUAUAUAUACGGAAUGAUCGGCACAUCAUGUGGCUCUGCACUCUGCAAAUUCUUUGAUCAAUACGCCUGGAUCAGAAUUGGUGCUGAAGUUUCCGGCAGAAUUCGAAGAGAUCUUUUCAGGAGUAUGAUGCAAAAUGACGUUACAUUCUUUGAUACUAAUCCAAUCGGAGGCAUUUUAACUUUGCUUUCCGAAGAUUCUCAACAAGUUCAGCAAGCAUUUGGCACAGAAAAGGGAACUCAGAUCUCAAACCUUGCACAAUUCAUUACGGGUAUUGUCUUUGCUUAUGUCUAUUCUUGGAAACUCGCAUUGAUUGCUACAGCAAUCAUUCCAGUUGCAGGAAUUUUUAUGGCUUUCUUCAUGCCAGCUGUUAUUAAGGAGGCAUCCAGAAGAUUCCUUUCCCUUUCCAAAUCCAUGACAAUUGCUGAAGAAACACUUUCAUCUGUAAGAACAGUUAGAGGUUUCAAUAGAGAAGAAGACGAAAUCGUAAGAUUCGAAAAAUCUCAGUAUGAAACUAUUAAGAGCGAAAGAAGAAUUGGUUUUUUGAUGUCUGGAAUGGGUUCAAUUAUCAUGAUACUUCUUUGGGCUAUGGUUCUUGGUAAUCUUUACUACGGAACACACUUAGUGCAGAACUCUCUUAGGUCAGAUGGUACAUUUGGUUUCGGACUUGGUGAUUUAAUGUCAUGCUGGGGUUACUGCAUGUUCGGACGUAUGGGCAUCUUAAUGCUCCAAGGUUCACUCCAAGGUGAGCAAAGAGCUAUUGCUGCUGGUGCAAGAAUUUUCAAAUUAACUAACAGUCCACCAUCUGUUCCAUUUGAUGGAGGAAUCGAGCCAGACAACUUUGUUGGUGAAAUUGAAUUCAAGAAUGUUACAUUUAGAUAUCCAACUCGUCCAGUCAAUGUCUUGAACAACGUCUCAUUUAAGAUCCGAAGUGGUGAAAUUGCAGCCUUAGUUGGUCACUAUGGUUCAGGCAAAUCUACAUGUGUUCAAUUGCUCGAAAGGUAUUAUGAUGUCACUGAAGGCCUCAUUCUUCUAGAUGGAAGAGAUAUCAAGGAAUAUAAUCCACGUUGGUUACAUCACAAGAUUGGCCUUGUUGGACAAGAACCUACACUCUUCUCUACAACUAUAAAGAAUAACAUCCUUUAUGGAGUUGAAACAGCCACAGAUUCACAAAUUGAUACAGCUGCUGAUAUAGCAAAUGCUAAGAAGUUCAUCGAAAAACUCGACAAGAAAUACGAUACAUUAGUUGGUGACCGCGGAGGACAAUUAUCGGGAGGUCAACGUCAAAGAAUUGCCAUUGCAAGAGCUGUUAUCAAGAAUCCAAGAAUUCUUAUCUGUGAUGAAGCUAUAUCUGCUUUGGACGCUGAAUCAGAAAAGAAGGUUCAAGCUGCACUCGAUAAUGUCCUCAUAGGCAGAACUGGUGUCAUUGUUGCUCAUCGUUUGUCAACAAUUAAAAACGCUAACAUCAUUUAUGUUUUCGAUGCCGGUGUAAUUGUUGAGCAAGGCACACAUAAUGAGUUAGUUCAAAAGGGAGGUUUCUAUUACAAACUCGUCUCAAGACAACUUACUCAGAAGGAUAUCAUGAAGGGGAGUGAGGCUGCUAAGAAGAAUAAUGCAAAUUCUGCAGCAGGCAACAAUAUCAGUGAUACUUCCAAUCCACAAAAUAAACCUGUUCAACCACUCCCUGAUCCAGUUAAAAAAGAUGAAAAGAAGAAGGAAAAUAAGAAUGAAAUGAAGAAAGAUAAGAAGAAGAAAGAGACAAGUGAUUCAGACUCGGGCAUCAAUAGUUCUACAACUAACUCAGAAAAAACAAGAUUAUUACUUCCUGCUUACAGCUUUUAA